UGCUUCAUUGAAACCAGCAUCAUUUUAACCCUUGCUAUGAUAAUAUAAUAGCCUAUUACACUAUAUAAUGUCCGUGGUGGCUCAGAGCACGCGGGGAUGGGUUUUGGACGCACGCUCUCUCAUCGAUGAGGGAUAUUCACCAUGCACGCGACGGAAAGGAGAAACAAACACACAUCUCACGUGUUGUUUCAAAAAGCAAUGUUUCCACAUUUCAAAGAGUCAUUACAGAGAAACUGUGAGUGCUGCUGCAGAGGGAGGAGACACAGAGCAGCUGCAGAAAGAUGACAAACCUACAAAGAAAAGGAAACGAAAACGCAGCGAGCUCAACCAGGGAGAAAUCGACUCACUGGCCUUUCAUGAGAAGAUCAGAUCUGUUGUUCUGGAGGGAACAAAGUCCUUGGUGGAUUCUGCCAGAUCCCUCGGAUAUCUGAAGGGAGAAACACUCACAGAGGAGGAGAAGAAAGAGGAGGAGGAGCUACUUCCCUCCCAGGACUGCAGCCUCGCCGCUCUCUGUGAAAUGGCUAAAGAGCUUCCUCUAGUGGACGACGAGGAGCAGGAGGACGAGGAGCAGGAGGAGCGUGCUCAGUCACUUGUGGGGGAGGACGGCGGCUGUACGUCACACCUCGACUUGUUCUCUCUGGUGACGGAGAACAGGGCCGACGGGGCCGCGGUGGUCACGCUGAUGGGAGAGGAGUACGUCAUCCCACCACGCUCCGCCUUCCUGCUGUCUGAUUUCACAAGAAUACAACCUCUAGUCCACUAUGGAAGGAGGUUUGAGCUAAUAGUUAUGGACCCGCCGUGGGAAAACAAGUCUGUGAAGAGGAGUCGCAGAUACAGCUCUUUACCUUCAUCCCAGCUGAAACGGCUCCCCAUUCCCCUCCUGGCAUCCCCGAACUGUUUAGUGGUUACCUGGGUUACAAACCGGCCGAGCCAUCUGCGUUACAUCCGUGACGAGCUGUAUCCUCACUGGGGGGUCGAGGUGGUGGCUGAGUGGUUCUGGGUUAAGGUCACCACAUCUGGACAGUUUGUGUUUCCACUGGACUCGCAGCACAAGAAGCCGUAUGAGGUGCUGGUCAUCGGCCGAUAUCGCUCCUCUACGACUGACUCCUCCAGCCUUUCAGAGACGUCCGCGGUCCCUGUGGAGGAUCAGCGUUUGAUUGUCAGCGUCCCAUCAGCUCUGCACUCCCAGAAGCCUUCACUCUCAGAGGUGUUGAAGCCGUACGUAGGAGCCGAAGCAAACUGCCUGGAGUUAUUCGCCAGGAAUCUGCAGCCUGGAUGGACCAGCUGGGGCAACGAGGUGCUCAAAUUCCAACAUACAAACUAUUUCACUUUGACGCCUGCGGACGACGGAGCAGCCGUUCCUAAAGACGAAGCUGCAGACACACCAACGCCCAGCUCACCUGAGUAACCCCACCGCUGCCCCUCCCCCC